AUGGAAAUAGAAAGGGAAAUUAGCAUUACUAGAGAGAAGAAAGAGGCUCGGCUUAUUGAGGAAUAUGAAGAGGGCCUUAAGGAUUUUGAAAAGAGAAAUUUUGAUUAAGGUGUUUAGAAAAUGAGAAAAUUAUUGCAAAAUAAAAUGAUUAGAGAAGAUGAUUUUAGAGAUUUGAGACACGCUUGCUUUAUCUCACUAGGAGAAGUUUAUGAAAAUGAAUUAAAGUUAAUGAAUGAAAGCAUACACUACCUUUACAAAGCAAUUACUUUAAAAGAGAAUGAUUUUAAAACAUGGUUUAAGUUAGCUAAGAUAUGUAGAUAUUAAGGAUAUUUUGCCUAGGCAGAAAAAUGCUUUUUCAUGGCAUAAAAAUACAUGCCAGGCACUUCUUAUUAGAAUAUCAUUUACUAGAGUCUGACAUAUAUUAGCUUUUUAUAGGAAAAUAUUUCAGUUUUUAUUUAAAGAGUAGAUUACUUGAUAGCUAAUUCUUUUAACAAACAACAUAACUUAUGUUUGAAAGUACAUGCACUGAGGAUUUCAGGCUAAGAAGAAAAGGCAAAUGAACUGAUUGAAUCUAAUGGAUUGUCUGAUGCUCUCUAAAGUGAAAUAUCUGAUAUCAUUAAAGAAAAAGAAGAAAUUAAAAUGAGACAGAAGUCAAAUCCGAUUUUUUAAAGAUUACCUGUUUCUCUUACUAGAUAGAAUGAAUUUACUAUUUAUGUUGAUAAAUUGACUUGGUCUAAUUUUCUCAAAAUAGUCAAUAUAGUUAGCAAAAUGUUCAUAUGUGCGAAAAGAGGUGACAGCACUUUUAAAAAAGAUAAAAAACUCAAUAACAUAUACACUGUCAUUAAGUAAAAUCACAGUAUAUUAAAUACUCUUAUUUGGAUUAAAGAAAAACGUGAAGCUCCUCCCACUGAGGCUGAUAAUUGGAAUCUUUCUAAAAAAUAAGAAAAGUAAGCAGCAGGAACUGCUUUAAGUUCUACAAGCCAGAUAUCUGCAAAAGAUGAUUAGAGUCUUUCAAGUAGCGUUAGUGGCAGUAGCAAGAAAAAAGAUAUUAAAACAAUAUAGAUGAUAAAAUCCCUUCAAAGUGGUACUAAGAAGAGCAAUAGAAUAAAAGAAAACACAAAAAACUAAAAUUAAAAUGUGAUUAACAUUUCAGUUGAGCAGCAUAUCAAAGAAGUUGCUGAGAAAAAUAAAUUUGAUAUAAAAUAAAAGUUAUAAAAUUUGAAUACAGAAUUUUAUGCUAAAAUAGAUGACUUAAAUCCUGAGUAGUCCAAUUAAUUAUUUAUCUCAACAUUUAAAAGACUUACACUUGAUGAAUCUGAUUAGGAAUCUUAAGAAAUAAUUAAAAAAAACUAAAUGGAAGAAGAACUCAAACAAGAGUAAAGGGAACUUAAUUUGUUAAAGUAAGCUGAAGACAAAGAAGCUAAGCAGCAAAAAUUAGAUUAAUAUUGCAAUGAAGAUUUUAUGAAAUUCUUUACAAGAAUAAAGCAUAAACCUUUUAUAAAUAUGCAGGAUUUAGUAGAAGAAAUAUUAAAACACUUUUUAAUCAACAAAAAUAGAAAUGAUGAAAGAGAAGAAAUUAAGAGUUUUUUAAGUGAAGACUAUGUAGAUGAUUUAGGGGGAACACAAGCAUUUAAUUAUUGUCCAAACCUUCUGUUGAAUAAUAUAGAAUCAAGCAGAAAAUAUAAGAAUGAGAUAGCUAAACUGCUUUACAAAACCCAUGCUUUCUAUAAUUUUAAGCUAUUCAAAGGAGAUAAUAAUUUGUUGCUUACAGUAUUUGAGUUGCUCAUAGAAGAAUAUAUUUAUAUUAAGCAAGAAAAGUAAGACAAAGAGCUCAAUCAAAAAAAGAAAGAAAAACUUAAAUAAAUAAAAGAAAUGCUUAGAUGGAUUCACUUUGAAUUCUUAAGCAGCUAUGAUGUUAAAUCUUCUAACGAAAUAGAGUAAAUUAGAAUAUAUCACUCCUUAGCUAUUUACUACAGUGAUCGUGACUUUGAGUCAACUUCAUUUGCUAAAGUGGCAGUUUAAAAGAUUAAUGAAAUUUUAUCUUCUCUAAACAUUACAAAUGAAUAAGCAGAAGCUUAGAGCGCCUAGAAUUUAGAAAAUAAAUAAGGAGAUAAAAAGUAAAAAAAAAAAGUUAUGCUGAAUUUUUUCUGGUUGUAUUAAAAAUAUUUGAGUUCAAACUUUUCUGAAUUCAUUCAAGAUAGGAUCGUUGAAAAUAAAUUUAAAAAAGAGAUAACUAAAACAAAUAAAAAACAAGGUCCUAUUAUUGAAAAGGAUGAUGACUUAAUUAUUCUUGAUCAAGAUGAGGGUUAAGGAAGCUUAAAGGAACACUUAGAGGAAUUUUUACAAAUAUUUGAGUCAAGAUUAACUGAGAGAGGAUUAGAUGAUGGAAAUGAUUUGUAUUACAGAAACAUUUUUGAAAUUCUACAAAAUUAGAAGCUAGAGAAUAGUGUUUUUCUAGAUAAAGUAAAUAAAAUAUUAAAUAUUUACUUCGAUUUUCAUGAUUUCAAGCUUGUUGAGUAUAAAAAAAACAUCUAAUCUCUCGAUAGACUUUUUAGAUUUGAAAACCUUUGUGAAGAGUUUUUAAAAAGAUAUUAAGUGAAGAAUAUCUAAGGUAUUUCAAGACAUAUGAAAUAGCAUUUGCUGAAAACUAACAUGCUAUUCUUGAAAGCUCUUGUUUAUAAGGUAUUUGUAAAUUUGCAACAAAACGACUAAUAAAUGCUGUUUGUUAAGCUAUUUGCUUCUUUCAUUACCAGUUGUCUAUAUCUUUCUAACGUAGAGAGAUAACAUUAAAAGAUUUCUUACAUCACAUUUUUAACUCAUGACCUAAUUUAACAACUUAAUCCUAAUAUGCACUAAGAAAUUUAUAAGUCUUGGAAUGAAUAUUCCUACUUUACUUUACUAAUAAAUCAAAUUUUUAUCUACCUAAACGAGAGAGAGGAAAUCAGAAAAUAAGAGGAACUUGAAGAAGAGAGAAAGGAAUAAGAAGAAGAAAAAAGUAAAAAAAUGGAGAUUGAAAGUCAACAAAAAGAAUAAUAAUCAAAGACUGAUGAAAUGAUUGAUGAGUCAGAAGAUAAGAAAAAAGCUAUCUAAUCAUAAGAAAAAAAUUAGAAUUAAGAGGAAUAAUAGUAAGAAGGCAAAAAAUCGCCUUCAAGAGAGAAAUCAUAAGAAAGUGAUUAAAAGAAAAAGGAUUCACCAAAUGUUAAAGAUUAAUAAAUAAGUGAGAAGGAACAGAAAGAUUCUGAUGCUGCAAAGGAAUAGGCAGAUGAUAAAAACAAAGAAGAGGGGAAAUUAGUUGCUGAAAAUUCGAAUCAGACAAUUGUUAAUAAUCAAAAUAAGAAUGAAAAACAAUCAUAAGAAAUGAUAGAUGAAGAGGCCAAUACUCAAUCUUAAAUAAAAUAAGAUUCUUCCAAAUUAAAUUUAUAGAAAAAGCUAUCUAAUGUAGAUAGUGAAGAUGAGGAUGAUGAAGAAGAGGAAAACGAUGAUAUCGAUGACUUUUUAGAUGAUUAAUAUAUAUUUGAUGUCUUAAAGAGUAUCUACAGAUGCUUUUAUGGCAUCAAAAUUAGAUCAGGCAAGAAAGUCUCCACUCAAAAAUAUGCAAAUAUAUCUGAAAAUAAUGUAUGCAGAUUUAAUAGCAUGGAAGAAAUCAGAUUAUUUGUUAAGUUUACAAAGAAAGUUUUCCCUCACUAUUUUACCAAUUUAGUCUGCCAACUUAAUUCUUAAUACAUAUUUAUUUUGAUCGGUGCUUUCGAUUACAUCAAAAAAAAUGAUGAUUAAUGGGCACUUUGCCCUAAUCUUGCUGUCAAGAAAGAUGAGUUUUAAAAUUAUAUGAAAGAUAAAAAGGUGUCAUCAGACACUAAUAUAUUAGAAUAUCUCUAACAGAGGUCGAAGAAAAGCCAAAUAAAUUGCUUUUGUGAAAAGCAGGACUGUUUCCAUCCUGUUCUCUAAGAGGAUUUCCUACUUAAUUUAUUCCUCUUAAUAGGUCGUGCAUUAAGUUAAUAUGAUCCAAAUGCUGAUAUGCAAAAUGAAAAUUCUAAACCUAAAUUUAAGGCAAGAAGACAAUCAUUGAAAAAUGCUGAAAAGAUGUUCAACUUCUUAAUUCUGUUGAAGCCAAGCGAGUUUUUAGGAUGGUACAGCUUAGGCGAUGUAUUUAGUGGAUUAUGUUUCAUGUAUUUUGAUGCCAGUGUUUUUGAGCCAAUGGGAAGCAAGAUAUCAGAGUUAAAGGAUAUUUACUUAAGUGCUAAGAGAGUAUACAAUUAUAUUUUGGAUAACUUUACAACAAGUAAAACUCUCAACAAGAGAUACAUUGAAGAAGUGAAGGAAGAUAUUUUAAUCCUAAACAUUGUUAAGAUGUACGAAAGAAAAAGCAUUUAUUUAAUGAGCUUAAGUCCUUAGUAUACCGACUAUGACUACAUUAGAGAAAGUGUAGUCAAAAAAUAAAGAAUUACUUCUAUCUUCGAUAAAAUACACACAUUUGAUUAUGACAGCUCUUCCCCAAGAAUGAUUAUCCUUAUGGAGGUUUUUGUUACGAGAUCACAUUAUUAAAAAUAUCAUUCCUCUACAUUUGAGAGUCACUUUAAGAAAUUAAAGCUAAUUUAAGAAUUCACAGAACCCACCGAAGUACAAAAAAAUAUCAAAGGUAAAAGAAGUGUUAAAGAUUCAAACAAAGUAGCCUAAGAAAAAGCAGAGGAGCAAUUAUAAUUUAAAGGAGAAUUUUAUGAUUAAGAAGGAUUAUGUGAAUUUUCCAUUAGUAUCUGGAAAAUAUUCAAAAGAUAUCUUUAGUUGCUUAAGGUUAUUGAUGGUUAAUGUAUUAAAAAAGAUGAAAAUGUUCAAAAAAUUAUUCAAGAUAUUAACAAAAAAUAAAAAAUUACUGAGUUAAACGAAAUAAUGUCAAUUGUUUUGGACGAUGUUGAAGAAACUAUAAGCGUAUUAAAAAAGAUAGAACCAAAACUUUUCUCUCCAGAUUGCCCAAGUGAGAUUUCAGUCACUUAGUAUUUCUACGAUAAGGAGAGAUUAGAUUUAAAAAUGAAUGUUGCUCUAAAGCUAAGCUAAAUUGCUUGCAGCAUUUUGACUAAAAGAAUUGUUUUGGAAUUAGAAAUAGAAGAUUACUAGGCUAGACUUAAGUAAGUGAUUGAGCAAAUCUAGCUAAUCUUAAAUAACAACUUCGCUGUUUUCUAGUAACUUACAUCAAAGCAUGGAAAUAAAAAAUUCAAAUAUAAAAGAUUUGUUAUCAGAAGUUUCUAUUAUUCCUCACAAAUGAUCCACGAAAUAAACAAUAACUAUGAUCGUGCUUCAACUUUGCUAGGAGAAAUUUUUAAUUUAAAAUUAGAUGAGAUAGUUAAUUAUUACACUCAUUUUGAAAAUCAGCCAAUCGAAAAAGAUCCUAAACUUUCCAUAUUAUUUACUAAAGACUUGUGCUUUAUGCUUGAAAAAUACAAAUACGUGAAGCUUAUGAGCACAUUACUAAGAAAGUAAUAAGAUGUAUAAAGAAUGAGAAACCUUAACAAAAAAGUGAACAAAGUAAUGAUUUAGUAACAUGAGGAAGAGUCUGUAAAGCUUAAUAAAAUAUUUAAAUAGCUCUACUUAAUUACAUUAAACGAUUUGAUGGUAUUAAUGGAUAAUAAGUUGACAAGUGGAAAUGAAACAAUUGCAACUUUGAAAUAAUGGAUCUAAGAUCUAUACAAUAUGAAUAUUAAAAAUAAAUAAACAUAUAAAUACAUAGAAAAUGAUUCUGAUUUAGUUUAAAAAAUUAAAAAUUAUAUGAUAAAAGGAUAUUGCAAGUUUGAGAAUAUAGAAUAAUCAUAAUCAGGAGAAAAAGAAUCCUUUGAUAAUCUUUAUUCCAAGAGUGUAAAAUAUUUUGAAGAUCUUUGCAAGAAGAAGAAACCAAAACCAAAUGCUACUAAUUCUCAAAAUGCUGCAUCCAAAGAAUUCUCUGAUGAUGUUACAUAAUAAAAUAAGAAAAAAGGAAGCAUUCAAAUAGAUUUAGAAAAUGACAAUAAAGAUACAGGUGGUGGUGAUGAAGAUGACAAUAAGUAGACAGAUAAAAUAAAAGAAAAUGUAAUCGAAGAAGAUGAUGAUAAAAAAAAUAAAAGCAAAAUCAUGGAAAUUGAAAACUGA